AUGACCGACCAAACACCCCGUGAACAUCAAGCCGAAAACUCCGAACCCUCUCUCUCACAGUCAGAACUAGAGAAGAAAUCCGAGCGGCUCCAUAUUCAUGAUGACGAUCGUAAAGAUUUUACGUCGUUCUGCCAACGUGCCGGCCUACCCACUGCUUUUGGAUACUUGAACUUGCUUGAGCAUCUCUUCGAAAUCUUAAAUGCUGGGAGAAAUGAUCGCUUGACUUUAAUCAACUUUGCCACCGGGCGAACAAUACAACCAUGGCGAAAUACUGUAUUUCUAUGGAUGGCCGAAGACGAUCAGUUGAGGCAAGACAAACUAAUGCAGCUCGCCCUCAUGAGGCGUUACCCUCAACUUUACGACAGCGAAAAAAUCGAUACCGCGGCGAAAAUCCGCGCGCUCGAAAGCCCCUUGGUUGUAGGCGAAACAAUUUUGCGUAGCAUAAUUGAACCUCCCAUCUUGGCCCUGGACGUUGUUCAGAAAGGCUUUAACUCCGAAUAUGUUGGUCACGAUGAAAUUGUCACACCAACCAUCGAGGCUCUAGAAACCCCGCGAAAAAUCCGAUCGAGCCGAGCUAUUGAAAGAAUGGAACGAGCACCAAAAGUCCAUUCACUCGGAUUUUUACUCAAACGUUCGGUCCAAACUUGGCGAGCUAGUCGUUGCGAAAGAUUCGCCGAAAGGUUUAUGUGA